GGAGCGCGGCGCCGGGCGGCGGGAGCGCGCAGCGAGCGGAUGGCGGCCACCAUCAGCCUGUUCGACUUGGCCAACCUGAGCAUCGGCCACCCCGGGCCGGGCGCCGUCAACUUCACGGCGCUGCACUCGCUGCUCCACGCCGUGCUGCGGCACCUGGGCAUCCAGCAGGUGCUGACGGAGCGGCGGCCCGAGCUGCUGGAGCCCGGCGCCCGGCCGGACCUCGGCCCCGGCCCCGAGCCCACCCCCUACCGCCGGCUGGAGCAGCAGCUGCUGCAGGUGGAGCGGCAGGUGCAGGAGCUGAGCCGCCUGCCCAGCGCCGUGGAGCUGCUGCAGCGCAGCCGGCAGGACGGCAAGGCGGUCAGCGACGUCUGGAACCUGCUGCAGCUCCGCAAGAGCACCGAGCUCAACCGGGAGGGCGUGGACAAGGCGAUGUCCAUGAUGGAGGAGCUGAUGCAAGAGAUGAAUUAUCUGAAGAAGUUCAAAACUACUAUUGAAGAUCGCAUUAAAGACAUCAACAAGAAUAUUGAUUCAGUGACGAACCAGAUGGAUUUGGUAAACGAGGUUCUGAAAAAAACUCCUGAGGAUCGGAAACAGUUUGUCAGCUGGAAAGCUCUCCAAAGUACUCUCGUUGAUACACCUGCUGAUCCUCCACAUGAUGUUGAACCGUCUCUGACAAGCCAAGUUCUUGCACCAGCUCUUGACGCCAAGGCUGAUACUGACGCAAGCCAGACACCUGAGGCCAGUAAAGUGUCUGUCCCCCAAGAGACGCAAAUUGAAACGCAGGCUGUCCCGACGAUAACCCAGCCUUCUGAAGGACUUCCAGUCCAGGUACAUGAGCCUUCUGUUGUACAGAAGAGAGCUGGCUCGGCCAUGCUGUUUGGGGAGGGAGCUGAGCUUUAUCCUGAUACCAUAUCUGCUCUUCAACGCAUCCGACGCGCAUCUGACUAUCAACCUUUGUUGGAUCAGCGAGUAUCUGCUCUCGAGAAAGCCUUCUCAGAAUUAGCCAGCUCAGCGAUGGAUGGUGAGGUGAAGGGAAUUGAUGGCAAGAGUGAACAACAAGUCACGUCCACAGAGGAAGCUGACUGUGUGAAGCCAGCUGAUGAUGUGACGGCCCAAAUAUCGGAUCUCAGGGACAUGGUGAAGAACAUUGAUGAGGAGCUGAAGGAGCUGCGGAGGUUCCAGCCCAGCAGCACCAAACCCGGAGGUCACAUGCAGCAGCAGUUGGACAAGUUAGGCUCUGUUCUGGAAAAAAUCAUGAGCUCCUCAUGUGCCCUGCUUGGGAUGAGCCUUGGCCUGGAGACAGAGUCGACCUGCCCUGUGUGCAGUCUGGACGUCAGUCAGGAUGCCAGCAACCUGUGCCAGCGAUUUCAGAAACUGCAGGAAACAGUUAACGUCCUGGUUGACUCAGCUGGGGAGGGUGCACAGGACGGUGGGGUCCUGGGGCAGUUCCAGACCCACAUCGAGCAGCUGCAGGCCGAGUGUGAGAAGCUCAACAGCGCCACCACCCGGCUGCUGGAGGACGACCGGCUGCAGCAGAGGAACAUCGAGUCUCUGUUUGACUCGUUGAGCCGCCUGGAGACCAAGUGUGGUGAAGGGAGCAUCAGCCAGGGGCAGUUUGACGCCGUCACCAACCAGCUGAACCGGAUGAUCGAGGGUCUGCUGAACAAGAUCUGUGCCCAGGAGAAGGACUGGACCUGUGUCCUGGAGCGGCUGACGGCCGAGGUGGAGUGCAAGCUGGACCGGAUCGAACUGGAUCCGUUGAAGAAGCAGCUGGAGGAGCGAUGGCGGUCGGUGCGCAGACAGCUGCAGGACCAGCGGGGGCCACCGGAGGGAGCAGCUGGGCUGAGGAAGCAGCUCAUCAGCCACUUCCACUGCCUGUCGUGUGACCGGCCGCUGGACAUCAAGGUGCCGUGCUCUCCGACUGUAAUCUCACUACCGUUACCCAACUAUCCAACCAGCGGUCACCGGCCACAGCGCUCAGACCUUGAUCCGACACGACGCAGGAGCAAGGGUGAACGGAUCGCGGACUUGAUGGAAAACUUCCCAACCACAGCCCGCAGUUGUGGGGGCAGCCACACCCUGACCUACGCUCACUACCGUCGAUGCCCCAAGCUAUAUGAACCCUACCCCACCACGGCACCGGAUGAAGAUCACUCUGCCAAGCGAGGGGACAGCCCCAUGACGAUGGUCACCGACUCACAGAACCGGGGGAGGUCGAGCUGUAAACUGCCCUCCAUCGGGGGCAGGGACGGGUCCCGGUCCAAGCCAGCUCGCUGCCCGUCCCAGAGGUCAUCUGCCACCAAACUCUGCUCCAGUCGGCUGCCCAGUGCACACUUCCCCACCGUGAUGGGCUCAGGGAAUUAUUUUGCCAGCCACUUCAUCAUGGGAGGAGAGACCUUUGACUCGGCUCAUCCCGAAGGUUACCUGUUCGGCGAGAACUCCGACCUGAACUUCCUGGGAGCUCGGCCAGUCACCUUCCCAUACGCUGCUCCACCCCCCCAGGACCCGGUGAAAACCCUGCGGAGUCUCAUCAGCAUCCGGAAGGACACUCUGCGACUGGUGAGGUGCACAGAGGAACUGAAGGCCCUGGGGGACGACAGUCCCAAACCCAAGAUCUCCUACAACGUGGAGUUCACCUUCGAUGCCGACGCACGGGUGGCCAUCACCAUCUACUACCAGGCCACUGAGGAGUUCCAGAACGGCUGUGCCAGCUACACCUCAAAGGACUGCUCACUACAAUCGGAAACCGUGCACUACAAGCGUGGCGUGUGCCAGCAGUUCUGUUUGCCCACUCACACCAUCGACCCUUCAGACUGGAUGGAGGAGGAGCUGGGCUGUAACGCGGAUGGCACCGUGUACCCGAUGGUAAUCCAUGCUGUGGUGGAUGAAGGAGAGGAACAUCUGGGCCACUCGCACGUCCUGCUGACCACGUUCGAUAAGAACCCAGACGGCAACUGCUCAGUGAAACCACUCAAACAGAAGCAGGUGGUGGACGGGGUCAUUUACCUGCUGCAGGAAAUUUAUGGAAUCGAAAAUAAAUCCCACAGCCUGGAGUCCAAGGUCCCUGACGACGAGCUGAGUGACAACAGCGCCGAGUGUGUGGUCUGUCUCUCCGACGUCCGCGACACCCUCAUCCUGCCCUGCCGACACCUGUGUCUCUGCAAUGCCUGUGCCGACACCCUGCGCUACCAGGCCAACAACUGCCCCAUCUGCCGCCUGCCCUUCCGCGCUCUCCUACAGAUCCGAGCGAUGAGGAAGAAGCUGGAUGGCCUGUCACCCGGCAGCUAUGACCCGAUCAUCGCCGCCCACCUCCCGGAGCCUGACGACCCGCUGUCAUCUGACCGGGUUCCCCACGGAUACGAGGUGGUGUCCCUGCUGGAAGCACUGAAUGGUCCCCUCACCCCUCCCUCAGCACCACCCGUCCACCUGGUCCGGAACGGCCACGCUCCCUGCCCAAGGCCCUCCAUCAGGCACAGUGAACGGACUCUUCCUGUGCAUGUCCCAUCUCCAACGGAUCACGGAACUGAGGGCAAUGCUGCAUUCCAUCUGAAGGAGAGUGAGUUCAGGUCGCUCUCACGGGAUUCCUCGCUCCUGGAGGAGGAUGAAGAGCGGUGCGGGAGUGACGGGGAGGGCCCGACGUCCCCACAGAAACAGCCCCACCAGGAGGUCGAGGUCGAGGUCGAGGAUCCCGGAGAAACUCCCGAGAGUGAGAAUGUGACCCUGUCGUCCUCGGGAGCGAUCGACCCUUCCUCCCGCACCCCCACCGCGCUCUCCUCCAGCACCACGUCCCCCGAAGAGCCCAGCAGCAGCCUGGCACAGUCCGUGAUGUCAAUGGCCUCCUCUCAGCUCAGUACUGACACCAUCUCCUCCAUGUCGGGCUCCUACCUGGCCAAUGGAACAGACAGCCUGGCAGAGUGCGAUCCCGAGGAGCGGCUCACUCUGCCUUCAGCAGAGGAGGAGGAGGAGGAGGAGGUCCCUCGGACACCGAUGGCGGAGAUUGGAGCGGGCACUGACCGUCGGGACUCUGAGGGUAACGCUGUUGCCGAGGAGCAGGCGGGAGCUGCUGAACAUGAGUCCAGUAUCCAUGGUAACCACUCUCCCUCUCCCUGUCACCCAGUUUUGGGAAGUCCUGGGCAGGGUGGUGGGGCCCGAGCGUCGUCACUCCCGUGUGCGACAACAACAACGAGCCGCCGGGGCUGAUGGGACUGGACAACGACCCCUGUCCAGAGGUCACUGCGCCCGGGACACCCGUCAGUGAGGACCGGUCCAGCCAGUGGUCCUCUACCCCUUGCAACGCAGACCUGGAUCAAGCUGGAGACCCCAGCCCUGUCUACGGACCUCUGGCCGUGUGAGGAAGGACUGGACUGCAGCCAGAGUGUGGCACCCCUAAAGUAGAUCAACGCUUCACAGCUGGAACUCCCUCCCAGCUCAACACAACAUUGAGACCCCACUCCCCACCUGUCAGUGCUCACUCCAUCCUUAACUCUGCCUUCCUAGACGUUCUGGGCCCACACUCUCCCUCACUGCAUCUCCCUGUCCCUCUCCUUGUCCCUCAUUACUAACUCACUCCGACCCUCACUCCUUACCUUGCUCCGUCUCUCAUUCCCCAUCUUCCCUCACUCCCUGCCCCCUGCAUUGUCCCUUGCUCCAAACUCCUUGCCCACACUCUCACUCCCUGUCCCUCCCUCCGUCCCUCCCUCUGAAUCUCACUCCCUCCCUGCCCCUCCCUCCAUCCCUCCCUCCCUGCCCCUCCCUCCGUCCCUCCCUCCCUGCCCCUCCCUCCGUCUCUCACUCCCUGUCCCUCCCUCCGUCCCUCCCUCUGAAUCUCACUCCCUCCCUGCUCCUCCCUCCGUCCCUCCCUCCCUGCUCCUCCCUCCGUCCCUCCCUCCCUGCUCCUCCCUCCGUCUCUCCCUCCCUGCCCCUCCCUCCGUCCCUCCCUCCCUGCCCCUCCCUCCAUCCCUCCCCCUGCCCCUCCCUCCGUCCCUCCCCCUGAAUCUCACUCCCUCCCUCCCUCCCUCCCUCCCUCCGUCCCUCCCUCCCUCCCUCCCUCCGUCCCUGACGAUGAUCCCCAGUGUUGGGGUGCUUUAAGGCAUGGUUUUUCAUGUUUCCCAGUGACUGUGGCUGAUGCUGAGUGAUUGUCCUCCAUGUUGCAGUCUGUGCAUUGCCUUCCACUGUAGAUCAAUACAUACAAACAAGUA